AUGGCCCGGCAUAGUCACAGUCCCAAGGCCCCAUUGAAACUCGGGCACCUUUACGCGCUUGACUUCGCAGAAGACAAAACUUAUUCGGACAAUUGGCAUCGUGCCGGCGCCGACGUUCACAUGACACGUCUGCUCCUAAAUGCCUAUUUCAACAAGCUCGAGGAGCACAAAGACAAGGAGCGCAAAGAGCUUGAGGAUAAACUCAACAUGUCCGAAAGUGAUGAUCAUGAUGGUUUUUCUGACCUCGAUCUGUCCGACGUUGUGGAGAAAGAUUAG